AUGGUCUUGCUCAACGCCACCCCGGUCUUGCGGCUCGGCAUCCUCGGCGCCUCUCAGACCGCCGAGUCCAUCCACUUGCCAGCUCUCCACGCUCUCCCCACACGUUUCAGCCUUACCAUCCUACACGAUGCCUCCGCCGAUUCUCUCAAUCGCUGCCAGAAGCGCUUCAACAUCAAAGAGAUCACCACAUCCACCUCUGAUGUCUUAAAUAACCCAGACGUGGACCUCGUUCUCAACCUCCUCCCCUUCGAAUACCAUGAGCAACACACCAUCGCGGCCCUCGAAGCCGGCAAACACGUCAUGGUCGAGGUCCCACUGACCCUCAGCAUCGACGGCCUCCGACGCAUCCGCGCCGCUACCAAAAAAGGCACAGUCAACUCCCGCUUCGAAGGCGGCCCAAAGGUCUUUGUUGGGUGCGCCCGCCGCUACGCCCCCUGCUUCACAGAGAACUUCAAGAAUGAACUCGCCUCCCUAGACCGAAUUUACUAUGCACGAUGCCGAAACAUCGCCGGUCCACUAGUAGCACCCGCCUCCCAGUCGUCCAAUGGUGACAGCAUCGAUGGCCUCGGCAAUGCCUAUAAUCUGAGCUUGAAUCUAAACGGAAGCUCCAGCACCAACGGCUCCCUAACCGUCCCCAACACAAUCAUCAACACAUCCAAAUUCCACACCCUACUCACAGACAUCUUUGGAAACACAGACGAUAUCACCUCCGACCGAAUCGCCUUCGCCCGUUUCCUCGGCACAACAGGCUCGCACGAUCUCUCCCUCGUCCGAGAAUCAUUCGGUUACCCCGACGCCGUCGCCAACAUCUCCAUCACCGAUCCCUUCUACAGCGCCAUGUUCCACUACACCGAUAACACCAAGGUAGAACACCCCUUCACAAUGAUCUACGAAGCGGGCAUCGACGCCGUUCCCCGCUGCGACUCCCACCUCACCGUCUACGGCGCAGGCAAGACGAUCACUCUGGAAUACGACUUCCCCUGUCCUUCUGGAUCUGGCGAAGGCGCUAUGCGUGUCAUUGUUGAGGAGGCUGAGACUCCCGAGGCAAAAGCCAAUGGUUCAGCUGAAAAUGGUUCGAAUGGUUCGAAUGGAACCAGUCCCGUCGCCAACUCUCGCAUCAAGAGAACCGUUCACACGAGCACCGUUGCCGAAGCAUACGAACGACAGUUCGAAGAUAUGUACUCCUUCUUCAGUGGAAACGUGACUGCGAAAACAGAUACAGCCGAUGCCUUGAAUGAUCUCAAGCUUGUGCGCAUGAUCUUCGAACACUACGACCGACAGUGUGGUACUAUUCGGACUCCGCUUGGUUAG